ACAUGUCAAAGUAGUACUAAGGUACGGUCUCUAGUGGGAGUGGAAAUUAAUUACAAUAAUUUUGAGAAUGACUGCAACGUCCCACCCACACUAAUUAUUUGUAGUGACAACAGAUUGUUAUUUAUAUCUUAUGAUAUAGUAAUAAAUGUGGCAGUAAAGUUUCUGUAACUUUUGUACAAAUCAUUGUGAAAAGUACCUAUUUUAAAGCAAAAUGGCUGAAUUAGCAGCGUUACUGCAAACCGAGAUCCCCGAGGGGCGCAGUCAUCUUACGGACAGCCAUACAAACCUCGAGCGUGUGGCUGACUACUGCGAAGCCAACUAUUUUCAAUCAGAAAAUAAGAGGCUUGCAUUAGAGAGCACCAAAAACUACACAACUCAAUCUUUGGCAAGUGUAGCAUAUCAGAUAAAUACUCUGGCUUAUAACUUCCUGCAACUGUUGGAGUUACAAACAAUGCAGUUGGCUGAAAUGGAAGGACAAAUGAACCACAUUGCUCAAACUGUCUCUAUACAUAAAGAGAAGGUUGCACGCAGAGAGAUAGGAGUUCUGACUGCAAAUAAAGUGACCAACAGGCAGUACAAAAUCAUUGCCCCUGCUAAUCCAGAGAAACCAAUUAAAUAUGUAAGGAAAAGCAUUGAUUACACAGCAUUGGAUGAUAUUGGUCAUGGUGCUCGUUGGAAUGGAGCUACAAGUGGGACACCCAGAGGGCGGCGUUCUGGUUCAGCCCCAAGUGCUGCCACCUUGCCAGCACCAACUACAAAACCUCCAACACCACCAGCUGCAGUGAGAGCUGCGGCAGCUGCUAAUACUGGGACUCUGGGGCGUGGCACACUUGGUAAAUCUUCUCGCGAGUACCGCACUCCGCCGGCAGUAGCUCCACCUCAGGUACCGUCGCAUUACGCGCCGAACUACCCUCGUCGACCACCAGGUUACUCCACUCUGCCUGUUGCCCAACCUCAGGUUGGAAUGGUACACCCAAAUCAACAUCAAGCCACAUCCAAUUAUUCCCAACAAGAUUUGCAUUCCAGCAUGCCACCCCCACCUUCCCCAUUGAUUGGUUCUGAUGGAGAACAUAGCCAACAUUCCAUGAGUCUUCCUGGACAGCGUGCUUCGUCGUCUUCUGCGGGUGGUGGUUCAAUCCGCGGCGGGUCUGUAUCGCCACCUUUGCCGCCGCCGCCCAUGGAUGACGAACUGGUGCAUGAUGGGUUUGGCAGAUCGCACCAUCUCAGUAACAAGAUGGGAACACAGUACACUAAUGCUGUUCCUGCUAUUGUGCCCGACGAAGAAGACCUACCUGGAUGGGUACCCAAAAACUAUCUGGAGAAAGUUGUAGCAAUCUACGACUACUAUGCUGACAAAGAAGAUGAGUUAUCAUUCCAAGAGAGUGCCGUGAUCUAUGUGUUGAAGAAGAAUGACGACGGCUGGUGGGAAGGCGUUAUGGACGGAGUUACUGGUCUCUUUCCUGGAAACUAUGUAGAACCCUGUGUGUAAUCCUUCUCUACAUAUCAAUUACUAAGUGUAUAGUAUGUUCAUACAAUAUGCACUAUAUAUUAGGAGUAUCUUAUAGUAUUAGUAUACUUCACUACUUCAUAAGAGCAUUUAACUCUUAUCUUCUUGAUAUUUCAAUAUUAUCUAUGUUAAAUGAAUAUUCCACGAUUUAAGUUAAUUAUGUUAGAGAUAUAUUCAAAUUUAAUCAAAGUAUAAUAUAUGAAUGUAAUUUAAGUUUCAUCUAAGCAAUUUUUUCUGUAGUAUUUGUCUACUCCAAUAUGUUUUAAAUAUUCUAGGAAUAUCAAUAUAGUAGGAUGCGAGGUUCAAAGGCUAGUAUGUAUGAUCAAUUUGUUGUAAUUGUGGUAUAAAUAAAAUUACUAUGCUACAUUCAAA